AUGCCCUCACCGCCUUCUCAGGAUCAGCCUCCACCCCAUGCCAAUGACAGCAAUACCGUUCGACCCGAUGCGACUUCUCAGCAAAACACAAGGGCUUUGCUUCGUUCUUUAGAGGAAUUGAGGGAUUCGCUGAGUACAAGAGUUGAGCAACUAAACAACGCUGUUGAGAGGCUCAGAAGUCAAUCGGAGGAAUUAGAAAGAGCUUUGGAUGGUCAUAAUACAAUUCAAUCACGCGACCCAACGAGGACAAGACAGAGAGCUAGGGAUAUAGUGCGAGCAUACGAAAAUCGUGAAAACCCUUCUUCCCCUCCGCCUCCUAUCGUUCCUCUGAUUCGACCUUCUGCGAUAGCGAAUGAAUUGGAGUCGCUAUCAAGACCAAUCACGACACAAGAAAUCAAUUCAUUGUUGGAUAGAGCCUCUCGACCAACUAUCAACAACCCCGCUGUGGAUCAGUGGUCUGUGAGAGCACAAAACAUCGAAAGCAGAAUUAGGAGAUUAAGUGAGACUGCUCAACAACUCAGAUCAAGAGCGGGUCAAGCAAUGAAUGAACCUUCCAUUGAUCAACAACUCGAAGAUUCAGAUUCUCAUUUAGGAGGUUUAUUGGAUAGAGCAAGACAAGGUCAGGAUAGGGCAGAAAUCAAUAUUAGAAGAUUGAGUGAUGCUGGUGUAGGAUCAGGCAUCACCUCUCAACAGAGAGUAGCACCUCGCUCAAGGGGAUUACGCGGAGCUGUUGAUGAUACUCAAUUACGACACAAUGAAGAAUCGGGACUUAGAACACCUCGAGUCGUAGAAGCUGUACCAAUGUCAAGGAGAGAACGUUCUCGUCAAGCUUCAGGAGGUAAUUUAAGUAGAAAUAGAGGAUUGCAACCCACCAACACACAAGCUAUUGGUAGUCAACCUGCUCCGGCAAUCGUGCGAUCAACUCCCGCCUCCCCUGCUUCUACCGUUCAGAUUACACUUGAUACAUGUGCAGAAGGUGAUGUUCCCACCGGCACUAACUCCCCUCCCAUUAUCGAUCAGACACCAAGUGAUGACACCGCAUCCUUCACUCCCAACACUUCUCUGAUUGAUAUCCUUAACCAACCUGUUAGACCAUCUGCUCGACCAACGGACAAUGAUCUGAUGGAAAUGGCUCGAACCAUAGUAGCAGGAAUAUCCAAUCCUCCUCCUGCACUGGGCUCUCUAUCCGUCCCACCAACAGUCAAUACCAUUGCGCCGACUAACAGGAGGACAAGCUCACAAUCAGACACUUCCCGUCGAGACAGUAGUCUGACAUAUCGAGGAAGAACCGUUGCUUCUAGAAUGGGACAAGAGACCCCUGAAACCUCUGAUGAAAUGGAUGAAAACGAAGUCCUGCGCACAUGGCCGUUUCUCAGACAACUAUUGCAGAAUACUCCUCCCGCAACCACCACUACUGCAACCAAUAUACGGAAUAGAAGGAGGGGGACACAACGACCUCGCGAUCAAUCAUUUGGAGACGAUUCCGGCGAUUUCGACCUGGAGUCUUACCUUGUAUCCAUUCAUGAAAAUGACGCAACGACGGCCGACCACCAAGCUAGGGCUCCGCCCACGGCUCGUGUAGGUGAUGACGGUGGAGCGAUUAUCCGUGCCCGACGUAAUGUCCCCCAAGCUGGAUCAUCGGUAUUUUCGAUGGAUUUUGAUAUUUCCGGCGACAUUGUCGAUAACGAUGGAUCGACAGCUCGUACUAGAACAAGCGAUUACAUAGCUGCUUUAGCUAGAGCUGCUUUUGGUAAUCCAAGGGAAGGAGAAAGGGAUUUUAGUGAAGAUGGAUUCGUUGAAGAGCAUACCAUCACAGUAAUUGAUCUUACCACAGAUCCACCUACCGAACAAAGUAUAACUAGAACUCUUCCUGGUUUGACGAAUCCAAGACUCGGUCCUACAUAUGGUGCUGGAAUAGGAAAUGAGAUUACUAGAUCCGGAAAUCGGCCCCAAGCUCAACGCAGGUCGACCCAAGAAAGAGAGAGGAUAAGAUCAGAAAGACAAUUCGCUAAUGAACGUAUAUCACAAACUCGAAGUACAUUAGAUAGUCUACGUGCAGCACGUGAAUCAUUUGCAAGAAAUAUGGAAAAUCCAUCGGCAUCAUUAGAAGUUGAAUUCCAUUUAGGACCCAUCAUGUCUCCUACUCAAGGUAUAUCAAUGGCCAAUCUCAUGGACGAUGAUAUCGAAGGUGUCAUGAGGACUUUGGCGAUCAAUCCAGAUGAUGAAGAAGAUGAAGAUGAGGAGAAUGCAAGUAGUAAUGACAGUGAUGCUGGAAGUGGUAGUGGUGAUGGAACAGUAUUUGAAGGACAAGGUGAAAGGACAGAACGAAAUCGAUCGACCAAUCGUACAGAGAAUACUGUCUCGAAUCAAAACAAUCGACUUCCUUCAAAAGAAUCGUUUGAAACAGAUUUACACCUAUGGCCUUCUCAUUACGCUUUGGCGGGUAUGUGA